ACACACACACACACACACACACACACACACACACACACACACACACACACACACCAGCCAAAUAAAUACACCGCCCCUCUUGGACCACGCCCCCAAAAAACAAUUUCAUUUAUGAUCAUUGAUAUAAUUUUUCCCAUGUACCCCCGGGUGUCCCCAUGUAUCCCCAAGUGUCCCCAUGUCUCCUCAGGUAUCCUCAAGUUUACCCAGUCCCCACCAAACUCCCCUCCGCAAUCCUCUCCCGAAUCCCCACCGAACUCCCCUCCCCAAUCCCCACCAAACUCCCCUCCCCAAUCCCCACCAAACUCCCCUCCGCAAUCCUCUCCCGAAUCCCCACCGAACUCCCCUCCCCAAUCCCCACUAAACUCCCCUCCCCAAUCCUCUCCCGAAUCCCCACCGAACUUCCCUCCCCAAUCCCCACCAAACUCCCCGCCGCAAUCCUCUCCCCAAUCCCCACUAAACUCCCCUCCACAAUCCUCUCCCGAAUCCCCACCGACCUCCCCUCCCCAAUCCCCACUAAGCUCCCCUCCCCAAUCCUCUCCCGAAUCC